UUGGGCCAAUGAGAAAGCCCACUAGAAAAAUCUUCUGGUAUAGAUGAAGAUGACAUCCUAGAAACUUCCUCUUCUCUAUUUGAUCCGUGUGUUCUUGCUAACCCACUAUAAUACUCCUACUAUUUUGCUUCGGUUUAAUUUUAUCAUUCUUCAUAUCCUAAAUUAUACGAUGUAUAGUCAUUAUUCACCAAACCAAAACACAAACCCCUGAAUCACUUCGAUUUGAUCCGUGCGACUUACUCUCUUACCUCUUUUAUUGGCGGAGAAAUAUUGGGAAUUAGUAUUUGAUUUGAAGAAAUUAGGGUUUAGGAAAAAACAAAAUGGGGAGUGGGUUUGAAGAAUCAAUGAAAGCUGAACCAAGUUCGAGUAAUGGAGGAAACAAUAAUAAUAAUAAUAAUGAUGCUGGUGAUUUUGAGUGCAAUAUAUGUUUUGAAUUAGCACAAGAUCCAAUUGUAACAUUAUGUGGACAUCUAUAUUGUUGGCCUUGUUUAUAUAGAUGGUUACGAUAUCACUCUCAAUCCCAAGAAUGCCCAGUUUGUAAAGCCCUUGUUCAGGAAGAUAAACUUGUCCCUCUUUAUGGAAGAGGGAAAUCUAACACUGACCCUAGAUCAAGGCCUGUUCCGGGUAUCGAUAUUCCGAAUCGUCCUUCAGGACAGCGCCCUGAAACCGCCCCGCCACCUCCGGGGCCUGAUCAUAACUAUUUCUCGAAUCUUGGGUUUGGAUUUUUGGGAGGGUUUAUGCCAAUGGCGACUGCUAGGUUUGGUAAUAUGACUAUGUCUGCUGGCUUUGGUGGGUUUUUCCCUUCAUUGUUGAGUUUUCAGUUUAAUGGCUUCCCUCAUAACACAAUGUAUGGAGCCGCCCACGGUUUUCCUUAUGGUUAUCCACAUACAGUUCAUGGUAAUGGGAUGAGCCAUGGUCAUGGGUACCAGCAUCAUCACCAUUCUGCAAGUCAAGGACAAGAUUCUUUCUUGAAGAAACUGUUUUUCAUUAUUGGCUUUUGUGUCCUAGUGGCUCUCGCGUGCUGGUAAUUUUUCUAGCUUCAAAUUCUUUUUUUGAUCUUGUACACUCUUAUGCCCUUUCUGUAUGUUGGCCGAGGAAGUUGUCUAUAUAAUAAGAUGCCAAUGAUCACUUCCUGUGGAUUUCAUUAUUUUGAAUGUAUAACUAAGGAUGGAAUUUUGUAUUGUGUGUUAGACUCAUUAUAGGAAUUAAUAUUCUGUAAUUGUUUGCUAUUAUA